UUUCAAAUUUUCAGACUGACAGAAAGUUCUCCAAAUUAUUUCUAUCGCUGCGUACGCGAAGGUCGUUUUGAUUCGUUGAAAAAAUCGCAAUUUAAGUUUUUAUGAGGGCAAUUCAAUGCAGAAUGACUCAGAAUCGAUUUGUACGAUAAGAGGUGUAAGAUUUUCGGUAGCCAGCCACGCGGGUUCGUGCGCGCUAUGUGAAAACUGUGACCGCAGAUGUUUGCAACGGAUUUCCCUACCACCGCAAUUUUUUUCACAACAUUCUGAUUGCUAUCGCUCAAAACAAUUUGUGAUAAUUCCCGCUCAGGAAAAACUCUCGAUAAAUAGCCGGGAGCCCGUGUUAUUCUUCUCGCGAUAAUUGUUUGGCAGAGUGCCACCCCCGGCGACAUGAUGGAGCGGUUAGUGCUGAUCCUGUUGUUUGUUUUGGCCAGCUCCGAUGGCACGAAAAAUGUCGACGAACCCGUCAACUUUGGCGAAAUCUGCCCGUUUAUCCUGCAGAAAGUGUUCAAGGGCUCGGUGCCUGUUGGCAAAAUGGAAGCUGGAAAUUACACGGAGGUGACGAAGGACGACCCUGACCUAAAGACGUGCGUGGAAGAUUGCUGUCUGAAGAAGAGCGAAUGCAACGUUGCAUUUAUGUACGAUAAGAAAUGCUACCACAUCAAGUGCAUCAGCAACGAACUGUGCCUGCCGAAGCAGCGGACGGACGGGUUAUCAACAAAUUUACAAAUGGUUUUAGUCACUCCAGUAAAUGACGGUACCAUUGAAGAUCUAUCAUGGCUAGAUAUUCUGAAAAACUCAAAAGCUUUCAACGACUUCUUACCUUCGUUACAAGAUAAAUCUCUGCGUUACUGGCCAAAUUCCAGGAAAUAUUCACUGUCUGAAUCAUUAGAAAACAAUUUACCAUUUAUUCCUGAUGAAGAACAACUGCCUACAAAACGGAUUGGACAGUUGUUCACAGCCCGAAAAGGCUUCGAUUCUUUCGGUAAUGAUCAACAAUACGCAAUUGAUGAAAACGAUCUUCUGGCUGAAGAGUCUGCUUACUUACCAGAAACUAAAGUGAUUUGUGAAGUAGGAGUCGACAAUGCUUGCCAACCAAACGAAGAAUGUGUACGACUUUUGGCAAAGUCUCGUGGCGGAAUAUGCGAAUGUAAGCGAAACUAUAGACGAAAUGAGAUAGGAGAAUGUGUGUCAGGUGCACCACUUUUCAGUGGAACAAGUUUGGUUGAGAAAAUCUUAGAAAAUGAAAGCCAAGUGAAUAGAGAUUCAAACGCUGAUUCCAAUGAUAAGAAAGAGAAAGAAUCAAAAAAGCUGCUUGAACAGCUAACUGUCUCAGUAAAGAACAAAACAGUCCGAUUCCCAGAAAAGGAAGUAACCCUAGCUGCGUACGUUGUUCCAGACGAGCAAACGAGUGGAAACAUCUAUAAAUAUCAAUGGACAUUAAUCACACAGCCACAAGGGGCUGUAAAUGGAACAAUAUCGGAUCAGACUAAAGACAAAAUUAAACUAUCAAAUUUAUCUGAGGGACUCUAUAUAUUCAAAGUAACCGUUACUGGAAAUGGGUCUUACGGUGAAACUAUGGCGAACGUUACGGUGACACCGGAACGAAGAAUUAACAAACCACCGGUUGCCGUCAUCACCCCAAAAGAACAAACUGUUAAAUUGCCAAGUAGUCAAGCGAUUUUAGAUGGCAGCACUAGUACGGACGAUGAUAAAAUUGUGAACUGGCAUUGGGAACUUCUUCAAGGCCCGAUUGGAUAUCAGAAAAAGUUGCCUGAAACGGAAACAUUACAAUUGAGCGACUUAGAACCAGGCAACUAUGAAUUCAAACUAACUGUUACGGAUUCCGACAACGUACAGGACUCGACUACAGCAAAUAUAACUGUAUUGAAAGAAAAGGACUAUCCACCACAAGCUAAUGCAGGAGCUGAUGUUAUUCUUUACUUACCCCAUAACAAUGUUACAUUGAAUGGUUCGCUGAGUACUGAUGACCGUGGCAUCGUUUCUUGGGAAUGGACGAAAGACGCCAAUGACCAGGGGAAAGCUGUUGACAUGCAGAACACUCGCACGCCUUAUUUAGAACUUUCCAAUUUAGAAGAAGGCAUUUAUACAUUUGAAUUGAAAGUAACAGACGCAAGCAAUCAAUCCAACACGGCAAAAGUCCAUGUUUUUGUAAAGCCUCCAACUAAUCUCCCACCAACAGCAAAUGCUGGAGCAAAUAUGACAAUUAACUUGCCGCUAACAUGGGUCACGCUGAAUGGCUCCAAAUCCACUGACGAUAUUCGGGUAACGAAUUACUACUGGCGUCAAAAAUCAGGUCCAAACACCGCUACUAUAAUAAACGCUAACAGCGCGGUUGCCAAUGCUACGUCAUUAACACUUGGACUCUACGUUUUUGAAUUGGUAGUGAGUGAUGAAAACCAAAACAACUCCUCAGAUACAGUUUGGAUUAAAGUUAUACAAGAGAAAAAUUCUCCACCUGUUGCCAAAGCUGGCGGGGAUAAAAGCGUCACCCUUCCAGUGAGUGCCAUCUAUUUGAAUGGGAGCGAAUCCUACGAUGACUUAGGCAUUGUGAAUUACACAUGGUCACGCGACGGUACAAGUUUAGCGACAGGCAAUAUCGUUGGAACUACUAAUUACGAGCCCGUAUUAAUUCUCACCAACGUCGUUCCUGGUCGUUUCAUCUUUAAGUUAACAGUAACUGAUGAUCAGGGUCUUACUAGUACUGACACGGUCAGUAUAAUAGUUCAUCCCGACCCUCUUGUACUCAACCUAGUCGAAUUGACUCUUUCCAUGGGUAUAUCAGUACUAACACAAUCUGAACUAGAUUCGUUAGUCCAAAAAAUCAGUCUGCUGCUUGGAGACGUGAAAGUCAGAGUGCGUGAUCUUCGAACAGAACCAAAAACUGGUGAUGCAAUUAUCAUCUUUUAUGUUGAUCGAGUUGGGCCAGAUGGGAAGGCAACGCCGGUUUCUGGACUUGAAGUUGAAAGAAUUCUGAAAGAUAAAUUCUGGCGAGAUGCAUCGAUCUUGGGAACAACAUUCACGGAUGUUCGAACGACAAUUUGUCAAUACAAUUGUUCAGAACAUGGAUUUUGUAAUUCUGUUACACGAGCCUGCAUGUGUGAUACAUUUUGGAUGCCUUCAAUAUUCUACUUCUGGGGCAUCGAUGAAGCAAAUUGUGAUUGGUCCAUCCUGUACGUUGCCAUAGGAAUUUUCGUUGGAUUUUUAUUACUAUCGGGAAUAUUUUGGGGAAUUACUUGCUUGUGCCGUCGGUCUCAUAAACCGCGAACACGAACAAAGGUACAAAAAUAUGCUCUUCUAGGCACACAAGAAGAUGACAUUCCAUCAUUCACGCGAAAUACAUCCCUCACCGAUUCUGAAACCGAUUCAGAUGUUGUCUUUGAAAAUCGAACAAAGUCUACAAAUGGAGUUUUGCGUUCGAAUGGUGUUUCGAAAAAUGGUCCGAAAUUUUCAACAACACGAUUGGGACGUCGUAUCAAAACCUAACUUCAAGAUAAUCCCUAAAUCUAUAGAAUAUAUUAUUUUCGAAUCAUUGUGUGUUGAACUGAUCAUUUUGUAAAACAAUUAUUCUUACGACAAAGUCAAGCGCUCGAAACCGAACCUAGAAGUAUCUCAAUCAACAGUAAAUAGGACGUGUAGAUACAUAUUUAGAAUUCCAAGCGACUACGUUCGGAUCGAGCGCUACGCCAACUAUUCGUGGGGAUAGGCAACAAAGUAGGAAUUUUGUACUUAACUUAUUUAAAGAAAAUUACCACGAUGACAUAGUAAGAAAGGGCCUUAAAAUUAUCAAAAAAAAAAUUGUUAGAUGUUCCUUAAUUGUAUUUUGAAAGUAUUAUGUUACCAUUUGUAUUUUAAUUUAAAUUAAGUGCAAAGCAUUUAUAAGUUAGAAAUUGUAAAAUAUUUAUUCCACGAUCGAUAGACGAGCACGCUUUUUGUGAGUUUUGUAGCGAACACGUGAUUGAAAGUGUGAUAUUUUGAGUUCUUCGUCGCUGCUUAUUUCGUUGUGUCUACGUAAAACCUUACCUAAAAGUUGAGAGGCAGACUCCGAAAUAGGAGACCCAUGAGGAAAGAAAAGGGAAGACCUCAGAGGUAUUCCCUAUCGACGAUGUAAUACUUUAAUUCCUAUUUUUUGUACGCUAAAAGCUUAACAAUUACAAACGCUUAUUAUUUAAUUUUCAUUAUGUUUUUCUUUGCAUUCUUCCAUUUUUUUUUCAGCCAACACAAUCAUGACUUAGAAUAUGGAAUCAAGAUCAGGCGAAAGCUGCAUUUAAUUUGGUCUGGUGGAUAUGAAUAAAGCAAUAAUGAAUUGCAUCCACUGCUUUCAAGAGAAACGAUUGCCUGAUUUUGGAAGGAAAAAAUGAAAUUGAUUAUUGACUUUUGCCUGACGUUAAAUUACAACCUUGAGUGAUGGCAAGUCUUUAAUAAGCUCCAAGUGCAAAAUAAUUCAAGUGAUUAAAUUUAGUUUAUUGAAAAAACGACCAUCAUCGUCGACGGCGCAACAACCGGUGUACGGUGUAGAUCUGAUCUACUAAAACAACAGUACGCGAAUUUCGUUGUCAUAGCUGUUAUCGUUAUGACUUUUGACCUAGUUGAGCAGUGCUAUGUUUCGAUGUUUUCCUUUCGUUUCUGGUGAUGACGUUGCCAUUGCGUAUUUAGCCCUGCCUUCAUUAAUCUGCAGCUCAAGAUUUCGCGCCGAUCGCCUGCUCGAUUCCUCCUAAAUCAAUAUCGUCAGCAUAGGUAUACAGUUGGGAUAAUCGAAUAAAAACAAGGCAGUCGUUUUUUAAAUGAUCUUUUUUUUUAUUUCUUUAGAUUUCUGAGCUUUACUAUUUCUAGCGUGCCGUUACUGGUCACUGCUAUUUGGACCUGCUUCAUUAAAGCCCAUGCAAUGUCCAUUAAGUUAACACUUUGUGAUUAAGUUGGCCAGUCCGUUCAACUGAUCUCGCUUUCCUCUUCACUUUACAGGCAGAGUCAUUUCUGAUUUUUGGCAUUGCAAUCUUGAUCGGCUUUUAGCAGACUCCAUUUGGAGAAUGCUUAUACCUUACAGAUCCCAAGAGUGUGAUAAGUUAAAAAGACAAAUCAGUUGCGAUUGUUCGCUUUUAUAAGAAUAAAUAUUUUUAAAGAUUACUUUAUUCUCAAGAAGCGUGUUCUAUUCAUCACGUUCUGACUAAUUUGUCUUCUCGUUUUCUUCUAUAGCGUUACAGUUCGAUGUCGGUUCUUGACAUCCCGAAGUCUUCUUAUGGAAAACGAGAAAGAAAACUGCCAUCUGUUACGGGGCUUUCCAGGUGGUCGUUUACCUCUCCAUUGUUGUGUAUACGUUUCACAUGGCAUAUUGAAGUUUUCAAAUCUUGAUAUAUAGUAGAUGACGACUUCUGAUUGGAAGAUUCUCCAGGGGACUAGACGCUCGAAACAUUAAUUUUUUGCCCUCCAGCCAAGUUUAUCGACUCAUAACAGAGGACCAGUCGAAUCAAUGUUUUUUUAUAUAAUAUUAUCAACUUUGAGUUCCUGAUCAAAUUUUUAUUUUUGGAAAUUGACAGUAAGAGGUAUAAUAUAUAUGUCGACUUGCCGCAAAUAGUAACAGUUUUAUGUCAGAUUUUGUCUGAUUGGCAUCUUUCUUAUAGUUUGUUCUGGCUACUGUGUCAAGCUUCACCAGGACCAUCUUCGGGUUCGCUUUUGAUCGUGCCAGGAUAAUUAUAUCAUCCGUAUAAGUAACUAUCUGUGAUGAUUUGUAUAGUAGCAUACCAUCUGGAUCCACUAGUAUCUUUGGAAUUAUGUACUCCCAAUAGAUCUUGAAUGGUGUUGGGACUAACCUAUCACCUUGCUUUAAUCCGGAGUCUGUGCCAAAGCAGAAAUCAACGAAAAUUUGAUUGAAAUGAAUAUAUCAAUGUUGCAUUUUCACCAUUUUCCCAGAAACUCACUAAGAAUAUCUGAUCUAUCGUGGAUAUCGUUGAUACUCGCCAAUAUUUUUUGAGAAGAGUUCGAGUCUCCUUUCGAUUAUUUUUGAUUGCACUUUGUCCAUCGAGUUUUAUUCCACCGAACUUUUCUCUUCUUCUGUCUGUCAUGUUAUCGUUCAAUCUGCAGAUGUGGUCAUUUAUACGUUUGCGUUUCUUCUUCCUGCAGAUCUCGUUAAUGAUACGUCUUAAUUCUAUGCGUUUGUUUCGUUUAGUUCUUGUGAAGUGCUUUUGGUAUUGUUUGCAACAUUUUUCUCGCCAUUAGAGUGUUGGCAAUCUUCGUCCAACCUUCUUUUUGCAUCGACGUUCGUGUUCGGUGGUUUUUUCUACCGACGUCUUGAUUGCGUUUGUCAGCUGAUUCCUCUUCGGGUUCGUGGUAUGUCGUGACACAUUCCAUGCCAUUUCUCCGUUAUGGAGCUUUCCAAUAUCGAACCUGGUAGGUGGGACUGAGUCCGUUACUCGCAUUAUUUGCUAACCAGUCUCCAUAUCUUACUCUAAGAAGAUAGUGGUCGCUGGUGCAAUUUGCCCUGUGGUAUGAACGCUUGACAAUAAUGUAAUUCGUUUCUGUGGUACAAUGAGAACAUAAUUGAUCUGGUUGAAUAUUAGCUCAUCUGAUGAAGCCCACGUUCGGUCGUGGAUUCUGCAAUGAGGGAGACAAACACACAAAUUGUUUCAUUAAUUAGCCUCCCUAAUUUAAGACUUUUGCUCUUUUCGACUUUUAAAAUAGUGUGCUUAAGAAUCACUGCCUAAUAAUUUCAUCUUAUAGCGUGCCCAAGCACCUAUCUUGUACUUUUCAACCUGUCCGAUGAAUGUCCUAGAACCACACGUUAAAGAGAGAAUGCACUUUCCAUUGUCAUUAUAUUUCCGAUCCGCUCUCAGGCUCAAUUUCCGGUCCAAAAUAGAAUAUUUCCCGUUUCGUUUCAAUUUCAGAUCAGUUUAUUUUUCAAGAGCAUCUUAAUAAUGAUCCUCUCCUAGCAUUUCGACGUCACCUAUGUCCAUGUCUGAUUUUUUGCUCCUGUCAUUUUUCGAGAUGCUUGGAAUCAUGCGUGAAAAAUUGUUUGGAAAGUUUCGAAAAACAACAAGUUCUUCGUUUAUAUGGGGUACGCCUUAUGCACUUUCGCUUCUUGAUCGAUACUUUUCAAGGUUUUGUUUGCGAUACGUGCGAUGAGUGACAUCUUCAUACUUUGAGAUUAAGAGGGGUCCUCAUACAUGCAAAGGGGGGUGUACAUUUUUUUUCAUUAGUACUUUUCGAUGCUGAGCUUAGUUUUGAUAUUUGUUGGAAAGGCGGGGAGUGGGAGGAGUCGAAAGUGAUGAUUUCUUUAGCGGACCCAUUCACAGAAGCUGCCCAGCCGAAAAAUUUGGAAAAAAAACCAAAACUGCUUCAAAAUAGUCUCCAUUUCGAUAUCUGUUCAAAUUAAGCCAAGAAUAGUAUAUUUUGAGUAGAUUUCGAUUCUCCAUUAAUUUUUUCUAGAGUUAUAAAAAUUUGUAUUAACUUAGAAUAUAAUAUAAAGCAUGUUAUCCCCAAGUUUGAUCAAAAUCAUACCAUUACUAACAAAGUUACAGUAGCCCAUAGUUGAUUUUACGGUGCAAAUUUACUGCAAUUAGAUAUCAAUUCACCCUAAAGUGGGUGGUCUGCCAUGCUAAAUGCAUGUACAUAACGGGCUACGUACAAAUGGGGUAGUUCUGUCCUCAAAUACAAGAAACAAAAAAACCUUUCAUACUUGAAGUCCCGAGCCGAUUUCCCGAUUUGUUUCCCAUUUAACCUAGUUUUGUGAAAGCCUAUCGAACUUGGCAUUGAUUGAUCAAAAUUCUUAUAUUGCUUAUCCAUGUUAAAUUAUUCAAGCUUGUUGACGGUACAGAAUAAUAUAGAAACAAGGUGACCAUUUCGCAUUGGACUUGGAGAUAUGUAAAUCACUGCAUGUUGAAUUCCUGGCGGCGAAGUACGAAAGAAAACGUCAAGUCAGUUCCUCUUUUGCUAUUCU